AUGUAUCAGAAAACAGCAAUGCUGCAGCUCAGACAGCCCUUCCAGACCUUUCCUCAGACCCUCCUCCUGAGGGAGACUUUCACCGUGGACCUCCUCAAGGGCCUCUACAUCCUGGAGUCGAAAGCGGGUUUCCAUGGCAACAGAGAGGUCAUCCACACUCUUACCCUUGGCUACAAACCACCGAGCCCUUUUGUUUGUUCUGCACUCAUCCAUCCUUUCAGCUCUGACACUAUUCCAUCUGACUCAGAAUUCUGCGUGACCCUAACCAGCAACCAGACCCAGAGAGAGGUACAGGGGAGGCUACGGGUCGGCAGUAAGGAGAAACUGACUUUCUUUGGAUUAGUUCACUUUAACCUUUUGCACUCAACUCACCAAGAGAUGAAAGUCAGAGCCAACUUCUCCCAUCAGCUCCAGCUGCAGCUCCCCUCUUCUGCUAAAGUGGAGGGAAAUGUCGUUUGGAACCCCAAAAACAACAGUGACUUUGAUUACCAGGCAGGAGGGAAACUGAGAAUAGAGCGACAAGAGUGCCAACUUUCUGUACAGCUCAAUGGAACAUCAGGAAGAGUCUGUCUUCACUCCUCUCUGAGCCAUCCUUUCAAAUCAAAGAUUCCCAAAACAUUAGAGGUAAAGGCCACUGCAGAGGUUUCUGCAGUUGCUGGCACAGGAAGUAGCUCUGUACAUGUGAGGGCUGAUGGGAAGGACAGGGUGAAGCUGGACGCCCAGAUGUCCCACUCCUUCCAGAGGGGAGACAGAACUGUGGGACUGAGGGUGAACGUAUCCCAGAGCCUGCUGCCUUCUGCCACGGACCUGCAAGUAAACAUGACUGCCAACAUGUCCUCAGACAGUGUGUCUCUACAUGGCUCCUACACACAGGGCCAUGAGGCUCUGCUGGCUCAGCUCAAAGGGUCUCUUAAAGACACCCGGGGUCUCCAGCUGGCUGUAUCUGGGGACCUGAGGCACUCCAUGGCCAGCCUCACCAUCUUGCCUCCGGUCCUGGUGUUGGAUGGGCUGCUGGGACAGUCUGACACCCUCAUUGAAGGACAGGUGAGAGUACGAGUGAUGGAGACCUUGUACAGUGUGGAACUCAGACAUCACGAGGAUCCUGGAGAUAUUUUGGAAAGAGAAGAUGAAGAGGGCAUGAUGGGAACAAAAUUUCACCUGACACGUGACUGGCUGUAUGUUCGGUCUGGGGCGGAGCAGUUCUGCAUGAAUGCGAGGGUACCUGCCAGCAGUGAUGCCCAGCUGAGGUGGGCCCAGGAUGGAGGUCGACUGUCAGUCUUGGCAGAACUGCAGGCUGGACAGGAACAUCUGAAAGCCGAGUUUAAUGGAGGAAAGACUGACCAAUUUACACAUCGAUGGGAGUACUUCUCAAGGCUCCAGCAUCAAGUCAAAGCCCUGCUGAAGAGAGGUGUAUCUAGCUCCAUACAAGCUAAAGCACACUACCAGUUAGAAACAGAAGGUCUGGACACAGGCUUGGUCUUUCACACAGGAGACGAGAGAGUGGUUGACAUCCUUUUUAAUGUUGGAUCAAAAAACAGCGCAGCUAUAUUGGAAGUGUCUCUAUGGCAACAGAUGAAGCUUCUCCAGGGAGUCAUACCCACCUCUUUACAGAUGAACUGCACAGGGGACUCCAGCGCAGAGCGUCUCUCAGCCCAGUGUUAUGGAAAUGUAUCAGGUCGCCCCGUGGAGGUACGAGUAUUUCGCUCCUAUAGACCACACAACAGGCUCUGCUAUGGCCUGUCGCUAGCUCAGUUCAGCUUUAGCGCUAGAGCUAAAUGCUGUUAUGGUCCUAACAGCCAGACGGAGCUCCGAGCUAACCUCACCCACUCCUCAGUGCUAAUGCUAACGUAUCUGGGCGUGACUACGAAAUCUAGUCUCAGGCUUCUGCUCCGGCCUGGGCCUCAGAGGUGGGCCUUAAGUGUCGGGUUGGUUUGUGACCCUUGGAGAAUGGACCUAAAUGUGGGACUGAGGCUGGAAAGGCCUGGGCUGUACGGCUGGCAUGGGCUGCUUGAGUUUGGGCGCCGCAGUUUUACCCACAAGGCCGAGCUGACAGGUCGGAUGAAACUGGAAAGCUGGUGUAACAUCUGGGCUGAUGUCAAUGUAGCAUGGGACUCAAUUAACUCAAGUCUGUUGCUGUCUGUGAGAUGUAAAGGGGUGGGGAGGUUAACAUGGGUGCAGGUUAGGAGAGUUGAGGGGAGUGAACCACAGAAAACCUCUUUAACAGUAAACGGGCUGGCAGGGAAAGAUGGAUUUACAUGUUCCCUAGGUUUGGAAAACGAGAAGGACUCGUGUCAGUGCUUCCUGUCUGUACUGCUGAAGGACAGGAAGGCGGAAGUGGGCUGGACUCUGCACCAUCACUGGGCCUCCUUUUUCUCCAUCAUUCCAAACAAAGUGGACAUCAUGGGGUCAGGGGAGCUCAGUGAUACUUCCCUCUCUGGAAGUGCACUCCUAUCUUUCAACACCCGCACAGCUCUGAUGGACCUUACUACUUCCUGGGAGCCCUCCACCUUCUUGAAAGUCAUGCUUCAGCAAAACCUGACCUCCACGAAAGUACCAUCCAAGCUCACCUAUAGCAUGUUGACCACGGCUGGUGGAGCUGAAUUAAAGGUGGAAAGUGAUGCGUGUUCCGUGCUUAUCCUGACAAAUCAACACAGACGAAGAGACAGGAGGAACAGCUGGAGCUUUUUUACCCACCAGCGAUGUGUCCUACUGAAGACUCUCCUUCCAGCGCAGAGCUCAGCCAACAUUUCCAUCACCCGCUCUGGCUGCUCCACUGAUCUCAGAGCUGUUCUGCUGGCUGAUGGGGAGCAGAAAGGCAGCCUCAGUGUGCACUCCACAUGCCGCCCUCAGUUUAGUCUAAGAGCAUCUGUACAGCACUCUAUAGAUGCUGUACAGAUGCUGGGACUUCCUGCCCACGGAGCUAUUAUCCUGAAUGUCUCAACAGCACAUCUGCCUGGCGUGGAGGUGGGCCUGGAGCUGGGUCGUUGUUAUUUCAGAGGUCAUCUAGGGAAAACCGAGGAUCCACAGACAGAGGAGGAGCCGGCUUCCUACGCUGUAAAUGUGACCAACUACUGCCCAGCUCUACAGGAAACGGUCCUCCCAGUAUCCCUGAACCUUCAGGCCCUCCUGUCAGUCGGCCCCUGUCAGCUCACCAUGACGUCCUCUCUCAGGGCCGACGCUGAGGGCCUCACCCUGGAGCUGAGUCAGUUCUGCAUGCCUCCGCGUCUCUUUGGGAGCCUCACCCACUCUUUCUCUGGUCUGAGGAGCCUUGGCGUGCCCCAGACAAUGAGCAUAGAGGCCUCUGACCCAAAGCAGGCAGGGGCCCUGCUCAUAAAGGCUGGGACCUGUUACAUUAGUGCCAAUAGAGUUGCAGGGGCCUCAGGAAGGACACAGUGGCUCUGGGCUCUGGAUGCACAAUGCCCAUUGUUACAGGCUCAUCUGAAUGGCUCAGUGUGGCAGGACCCUCGGGGUGACUGGACAGUGACAGUGGACACCAACCAGGAGGAUAAAAGGGGUUUCCUGAGGCUGAAUGCAAGGGCCUGGCCUGAGCUGAGUGUUGAGGGCGAGCUGCGUCACAACCUCCCCGCCCUGAGAAGUUUACCACAGCACGGCAGACUGAAGGUCACCUGCAGGGCCGGUAAACAACGAUAUGAUGGGGAGGCCCUCAUUCAGCUGGAGCAGUGCACUGUGGGAGCCAGUGGAGCUGUGUUGUCAGAGCCAGGCCUGCAGGGGGCACUGUUGUAUCACAACAACUGCACGCUAAUUCAGGGGUGGGGGAGUCCGGACAGGGUGGAGUCCUCCGUGGCGUUGGUCGUCUCCCCGACUCUUGCAGAAUCUCAGGUCUCCAUGGCGAUAGAUGAAGCAGAGUUAAAGGCUUCUGUCGUUCUCAAGAAAACACAGGAUAAGAAUGAAGCAUCGCUCAGUGUAAACCACUCUGUGCCCGUUUUAAAGAAGAUGGGUCUCCCUGCUAGUGCUGCACUCACAAUGAAUUCUGGGAGUCAUGGCAAUGGAUCAUACUAUUACCUGCUACACAGCAGUGCAGGAAGCCAGAAGCUGACUCAGGAGAUGAGUGUAUCAAAGAUGUCUGAAUCAGUCAGAGUGAAGAGCCUCUUCAGACACACAGUGAGCUCCCUGAAGAGAGUGGGAGUCCCUGCAAACAGCAGCAUCCAGGUGGAGCUGGGCUCAGCGGAGGGGAAGGCCUUCACCUUACAGUCCCAGUUUGGAGGUCAGCAGGCGGGGGUGAGACUCAGGAUGAAAUGUCUCCCUACCAGCAAAGAGAUGAGAGGCAGCGUGUGGCACGGCUGGUCCUGGCUGCAGGAGAGGGGGCUACCACGUAACAUAGAGGGCCUCUGUUCCAUCCAGGGGGUCUUGUCUCAGCUUCAGUCGGGGGCCCGGCUCUCUGUGGAUGGGCAGCAGCUGCUCUCCUCCGGUCUGAACCUGCAAAUCUGA